UCCUGUCCACAAGUUCAGUGUCAAGUCCCUCCACCUACAAUGGAUGAAUCAGUGGUCUACGCUGACUUAAACCUAGCCAGGACCCAAGAGCCUAAGCAGGCAUCCCCUCCAGCUCCUACCCCAGACAGCUGCCGGUGCCCACACUGGCAUCGGUUGGCUCUGAAACUCGGCUGUGUUUGGCUGAUCCUUCUUGUCCUGACUGUGAUUGGACUUGGUGUCUUAGUAGGAAAAGGCAUUCAAGAGAACAAGACGAAAACAACAGGCGAAAAAUGCAAUGUGAACGUUUCAGAGAGCAGCACGAAGGCAACAGAGAGUCCAGUUCAGCUAACGUGCCCCAACGACUGGCUGCCACACCGAGGGAAAUGCAUGCAGUUUUCUCAAGAGUCCGGUGUUUGGAAGGAAGGUUUAUCUAACUGCACUAGAAAAGGAGCCACUUUGCUGCUCAUUCACGAUCAAGAAGAACUGAGAUUCGUAAAGGACUUGAUAAAGGAAAGAGGACAUUCAUUUUGGAUUGGACUAAAUUACUCCAUGUCAGAGAAGCACUGGAGAUGGAUAAACGGCUCCACUUUAAGUUCUGAUGUACUGAACAUCACAGGUGAUGCUAAACUGAACAGCUGUGUCGCCUUCUCAAAGGAUAAAGUGGUUUCUGAGGGCUGUUCUUCAGACAACAGGUGGAUCUGCCAGAAGGAACUAAAACAUCUCUGAAACCAGGUGUAAUGACUCCUGACUGCGAAUCCCAUCUUGAUUACUUUACCAUCAGAUCUCUGUAUUCACUCUGUCUAGGCUGCCGGCCCUCCCAGUGUGCAGCAAAUCACUGUGAUUCUUUCAGAUGCUCCUGUCUGGUUUCUUUAUUCUGUAAAGGGGACAAGAUGCUGAUGUGCCCUUCUAAGACAGUUGUUCUAUGGAAAGAAGCCCAGGCAAGCUGAGGGGCACUGGAUUCUAACCCUGGAGUCUGUGUGAACUUCGCUGGUGUCUGUUCCUGAGAUCGUCUGCAGAAAACUGCAGAGUCCUCUUCUCUCCAUCCCCUCGGCCAAGCCUGCACACACUGAUGAAAGCCUUUGCUCUUGCCUGACCCCAGAAGCCAUGGUUAAGGGAUUUGGGGAAAGGCCUGACAGUGGUUUGAAUGACAACUACAAAAGCCUAGAUAAACUGAGCUCUGGUCAUGUGACGUCCCCACCAGGACAUGAUGCACCGGUAGACCCUGAGCCAAUGCUGGCAUCUUGGCAUUGGGUUUCACAGCUCCAGAAUUUGCAGAGAUGAGCUUCUUCCUUACCAGGGAGACAACCAAAGAGACUACGGUUGUGUCUUGGUUGCUGUGUCUCCUGAUGUUGCAAUGCUCCUUUUUGGACAGAGACCUUUGAAGCUGCAGCUGGGCUCCUCCUGCCAUGUAAGAAACUAAGGCACCAUGGCACUUUCCCAAUGACUAUAGAUAUCAUCAACAAUUGUGCUGAUGAGCAGGUAAGGGAUAACUGUGCAGACAUCUUGGCCCUUGAACAUUUCAGCAGAGUAAGAUUAAUGAAGCUGGCUCCCAAAGGGAGGAACUUGAUAUUGAUAUAAGAGAAAGGGACCAUCAGAAACUUA